UUUGGAAUCGGCCGAAGGUGACUAACGAGAAAGGAAAGCCAACAUGGCGGAGGAACUGCAGGUGGAACUGGACUUGUGGCAGGAAAAGUUCCGAAAUUCGGAGGAAAACCUGUCAGCACUGAAAAAGCUAUGCAUCAAAGCUAUCCAUGAGUUUUCUGAGCUGCAGCUGAAGUACAAUGAGAACCAACAACAGUAUGCCGAGUUGUCAGAGAGGUUGGAGAUCACAGAAGCCCAGCUGGAGAAACUACAGUCAGUAUCGGAGGCUGUGUACGACGAGUACAUGGACGUGACAACAAGCCUCGAUGUGGAGAAGAACUGCAGGGAACAGGCAGAGAAAUAUGCUGCUAAUAUUGUGAAGGAGAACAAGCAGCUGAAGAGAGCGAGUCAGAUGUUCAUUCAGCAGCACGGCGGGCAGCUGCCAGAAAUCCCUGUCUUCGAGGAUGGAGACGACUCCGAGGUGGAAAGACUCAAUGCCAGAAACAAAGAAAUGAGUGACGAGUUGUCUGAGCUGAAGCUGCUCCAGUCCAGAACUCAAAGGAAGUUGGAAAAAGCUGAAGAAGACAUCAGGGUCAUCAACCAACAGUAUGUAGAGGAGUAUGUUGCGUCAGCAGAAGGCCAUGACCAGACAGAGCGUCAUCGUCAUGCAGUCAGUAGCAGCAGACGAACGUCUGAUGAAAUCCCUACAAGAAGUAGAGGAGAUGACAACAACACUUGAGAAGGAGAGGUUUGAGCAUGAACAGAAGAUAAAGGAGAUUGAGGAGCAAGUUGCCACGCCAACAGAUUUGGAGGAUCUGGAGAAGAAGGUUGCCUUGUCGAUGGAGGAGACAGAAGCACAGGAGAAAAGAGCACAGGAGGCAGAGGAGAAGGUCAAGGUUUUGGAGAAACAAG